UCUCCUCCCCGGUUUCGGCACUCCAUUCGUUCGCCUCUGAGCUCGCAGACGUUCUCAGGGAGCUCGUGAACACUCGGAUCUCCGUCCUCGGCAGCUUUUCUGCGAGUAGCAGCUUCUUGCGAGGCAGAGUCUUGCGUCUUCCUGCUUGAGGUUUCUGGUUGGGUCGCGAUGGCCGGCGGCGUGGUUGUGAACGCCGGAGGGGGAAAGGACUACCCCGGCAAGCUCACCAUGUUCGUGCUCUUCGCCUGCAUCGUCGCCGCCACCGGCGGGCUCAUCUUCGGAUACGACAUCGGCAUCUCCGGUGGCGUGACGUCGAUGAACCCGUUCCUGAUGAAGUUCUUCCCGUCGGUGUACCACAAGGAGCAGGAGGCGGAGCGGAACCAGAGCAACCAGUACUGCAAGUUCGACAGCCAGCUGCUGACCAUGUUCACCUCCUCGCUCUACCUCGCCGCGCUCGUGGCCUCCUUCGUCGCCGCCACCGUCACCCGCGUGGCCGGCCGCAAGUGGUCCAUGUUCGGCGGCGGCGUCACGUUCCUGGUCGGCGCCGCGCUCAACGGCGCCGCCAAGGACGUCGUCAUGCUCAUCCUCGGCCGCGUCCUCCUCGGCAUCGGCGUCGGCUUCGCCAACCAGUCGGUCCCCGUCUACCUGUCGGAGAUGGCGCCCGCGCGCCUCCGCGGGAUGCUCAACAUCGGGUUCCAGCUCAUGAUCACCAUCGGCAUCCUGUGCGCCAACCUCAUCAACUACGGCACCGCCAAGAUCAAGGGCGGCUGGGGCUGGCGCGUCAGCCUGGCGCUCGCGGCCGUGCCGGCCGCCAUCAUCGCCGUGGGCGCGCUGUUCCUGCCCGACACCCCAAACUCCCUCAUCGACCGCGGCUACACCGACGACGCCAAGCGGAUGCUCAAGCGCGUGCGCGGCACGGAGGACGUGGAGGAGGAGUACAACGACCUGGUGGCCGCCAGCGAGGAGUCCAAGCUCGUGGCGCACCCAUGGCGCAACAUCCUGCAGCCGCGGUACAGGCCGCAGCUCGUCAUGGCCAUCGCCAUCCCCAUGUUCCAGCAGCUCACGGGCAUCAACGUCAUCAUGUUCUACGCGCCGGUGCUCUUCAAGACGCUGGGCUUCGCCGACGACGCAUCCCUCAUGUCCGCCGUCAUCACGGGGCUCGUCAACGUCUUCGCGACCUUCGUGUCCAUCGUCACCGUCGACCGCCUCGGCCGCCGCAAGCUGUUCCUGCAGGGCGGCACCCAGAUGCUCGCGUGCCAGAUCGUCGUCGGCAGCCUGAUCGGCGCCAAGUUCGGCUUCUCCGGCGUGGCCGAGAUCCCCAAGGGGUACGCCGCCAUCGUGGUGUUCUUCAUCUGCGCGUACGUGGCCGGGUUCGCCUGGUCCUGGGGACCCCUCGGCUGGCUGGUGCCCAGCGAGAUCUUCCCGCUGGAGAUCCGGUCGGCGGGGCAGAGCAUCAACGUGUCCGUCAACAUGCUCUGCACCUUCAUCAUCGCGCAGGCGUUCCUCCCCAUGCUCUGCCGCUUCAAGUUCAUCCUCUUCUUCUUCUUCGGCGCCUGGGUCGUCGUCAUGACCAUCUUCGUCGCGCUCUUCCUGCCGGAGACCAAGAACGUGCCCAUCGAGGAGAUGGUGCUCGUGUGGAAGUCGCACUGGUACUGGGGCCGCUUCAUCCGCGACGAGGACGUGCACGUCGGCGCCGACCUCGAGAUGCCAUCCGCCAACGGCAACGGCAAGGUCGGAGCGGGCAAGCUCGUCGGCAUGCAGUAGCCAUGGCGGCGCCUGGGCGUCCCUCGCUGCUGAUGCCUGAUGGUGGGCAAUAAUCUACUCAUACAGUACUCCAUUAUUCUUGGGGUUUAGCGGGAAAUUUGAAACUUUUAAGGAUUCAUCAUCACUUCACUGUAUUAUAAUCGUCUCAUUAGGUAGGAUGACUGGAUGAUGACGAGCAGUCAACUAGUCUUCUGUCUUCGUCUUUUUCUUUUUCUUUUUCUCUCUGUGCGGAUGUGGGGUUUAAUUAUAUUUGGAACAGAUCAAAUCAAAUAUGAAUAUCAAUUGCAAGUUGCAACUGCAGAA